GCUUUCUAGCCCGCUGGAGCCCUGUGCGCAGGCGCAGGGUGAGCGCAGGCCGUUAAAGAGUGUGUGCCUUGGAAAGCUGCCAGUGCAGACGCUCCCAGGCCAGUUCAAGCAUCUUCUUUGUUGGUGGUGAGGGACUCUCACUCUCACCCCGUGUGCUGUCUCCCUGUCUGUGCGUUGUGAGCUCCUUUGUGAGAGAAGGGCCAGGAAGCUUCUGCGGGAUGCUGGAGGUCCUGGUGCUGAAGAUUGAAGAUCCAGGUUGCUUCUGGGUAAUUAUAAAAGGAUGUAGUCAUUUUUUAGAACAAGAAGUUGACUACCAAAAACUAAAUAGUGCCAUGAAUGACUUCUAUAACAACAUGUGUCAAGACAAAGAAAUAAAGCCAUUAAUGCUGCAAGAAGGUCAGGUGUGUGUGGUGUACUGUCAGGAGCUGAAGUGCUGGUGCAGGGCUGUGAUUAAGUCGAUCAUCUCUUCUGCAGACCAUUACCUGGCAGAGUGUUUCCUUGUGGAUUUUGCCAAGUAUAUUCCAGUAAAAUCUAAAAACAUCCGAGUUGCAGUAGAGUCUUUUAUGCAGCUUCCUUACAGAGCAAAAAAAUUCAGACUUUACUGUACAAAACCUGUGACAUUGCACAUUGACUUCUGUGAAGACAAUGCUGAGAUUGUACCUGCCACAAAAUGGGACAGUGCAGCUAUCCAGUACUUUCAGAACAUUCUAAGAGCAACUACCCAAGUGGAAGCAGAACUAUGUGCUGUGGAAGAAGAUACUUUUGAGGUUUACCUUUAUGCAACAAUAAAAAAUGAAAAAGUUUGUGUUAAUGAUGAUCUAGUUGCAAAGAAUUUUGCUUAUUAUGUGUCACCAAUGGGAAAUAAAAACCUUAAUACUUUGGAGAAACCCAGGCUGAGUCUCAAUUCAGUGCCCUGCUCCAGUAAGCUCAGCCCAUCACUUACUCUGUGGCCAAUGCUUCUGCAAGGAAAAGACUGUCACAGAAUGAAAAAUAAAGCUAUAAACUAUAAGGAUUCCUUGACAGACUCGCCUAAAAUUAUGUUUGAGAAGAAGCAGCAGAACCUCCCUUUAAAACACAUGGAUAAGAGUAUUGAAUCUUCUGUGUACUGGCCAACAAAAAGAGGCAUAACCAUAUAUGCUGAUCCAGAUAUUCCAGCAGCAAGUGGGUUUAGCCAGAAGCCAAAUGAGAAGCCACUAAGGUUGACUGAAAAGAAAGACUGUGAUGAGAAGAACGGCUGUGUAAAAUUAUUGCAGUUUCUAAAUCCUGAUCCUUUGAGAGCUGAUGAGAUCUCUGACCUGCACCAGUUGCAGAAGGUGAAGCUGGGCACACUGCAGCCUGGUGUGGUGCUCCGGAACAGGAUCGAGCCCUGCCUCACCCUGGAUAAGUCACCUCUGUCAGCAGACCUGAAGAAGGUGAACGUGUUCUUAAAGCCAGACUCCUGAGGAAAUGCCAGCCUUUUCCAACCAAGAGCUUUGUUUUGCCUUGUCUGUUCUAUUCUAAGAGCGAUGGGGAUGAAUCCAGGGCUUCAUGCAUCCUGGGCAUGCAUUUAUCACUGAACCACACCCCAGUCCCAUAGGAGAAUCUUAAAUAAACACUUCUAAGGCAACAUUGCCUAAUUCUUGCUUC